GAACCGGGCGGCGCUAUGAAGGGGAAGGAGGAGCGGGAGGGCGGCACGGGGGGGGCCCGGGGCGGCGGGCCGGGCGCGGGGAGCGCGGGGGCCGGUAGCCCCGAGAAGAGCCACAGCGCGCAGGAGCACAAGGAGCAGGGGAACCGGCUCUUCGGCGGCCGCAAGUACCCCGAGGCCGCCGCCUGCUACGGCCGCGCCAUCAACCGCAACCCCUUGGUGGCCGUCUACUACACCAACCGAGCCCUCUGCUACCUGAAGAUGCAGCAGCACGACAAGGCGCUGGCAGAUUGCAAGCGAGCCCUGGAGCUGGAUGGCCAGUCGGUGAAGGCUCACUUCUUCCUGGGCCAGUGCCAGAUGGAGAUGGAGAACUACGAUGAGGCUAUUGCUAACCUGCAGCGAGCCUACAAUCUCGCCAAGGAACAACGGCUGAAUUUUGGAGACGAUAUCCCCAGCGCACUGCGCAUCGCCAAGAAGAAACGCUGGAACAGCAUCGAGGAGAAGCGGAUCAACCAGGAGAACGAACUGCACUCCUACCUGACCAAGCUGAUCAUGGCAGAGAAAGAGAGGGAGCUGGCCGAGUGCCAGAAGAUGCAGCAGGAAGAAAAUGCAGAUGAGAGCCGGAGCCGAGUUCAGCUGGCCAGCAUCGAGGCCAAGCACGACAAGUACCUGGCAGACAUGGAUGAGCUCUUCUCUCAAGUGGACGAGAAGAGGAAGAAGCGGGAUAUCCCUGACUACCUGUGCGGGAAGAUCAGUUUCGAGCUGAUGAGAGAGCCCUGCAUCACACCCAGCGGGAUCACUUAUGACAGGAAGGACAUCGAGGAACAUCUCCAGCGCGUGGGUCAUUUCGAUCCAGUGACGCGGAGUCCUUUGACCCAGGAUCAGCUGAUCCCCAACCUCGCCAUGAAGGAGGUGAUAGAUGCGUUCAUCUCGGAGAAUGGCUGGGUGGAGGAUUACUGAGGGGCUGAGGGGGCAGCGCUGGCCUGCCCAGGUUCCCCCAGCCACAGCGGCACAGACAGCUCUCGCUGGGCUGGCACCAUGCCUUACUUGCUCUCCAGCUGCUCCCCCUCCGCUCCAGGUGCCCAGAGAUCCAGCGAAAGCGCUGGGUGAGGGCACGUCCCCAUCUCCCCUUCCCGAGGAGCCGCAGUGGCUGGGUGGGCACAAAGGCUUCCCUCUCCACCAGCUCCUUGCUGACCAUGGCACUUGGAGGAAGACCUGCCCUGGGGGGUUGGAGGAGACUGGCUCAUCAAAGUGGACUGGAAGGUCUCACCAACAUAUUAAUCACCCAGAGAGCAGGAUCCCCCUUGUCUAUGGCAGCUGACAAUCCCCAAAGAUUGUGUCCUGCUCCAGGGAGGAGCUUGUCGGGAUGAGCGCCUGGUGCUGGUCUGCCCCAGUCCCCUCCCUGUGUACAUAGUUGUUUCCUCCUCCCACCACCUCCUGCCUGGCCAGGGUCAGGUCCUCCUCUUCCCUGUAAAUAGGCACUUGCCAGGGUGGGAGACCAAUGUUCCCCUGUGACCAGCUGCCUGGAUUAAAGUUCUUCCUUUUAAUGAAAUCCCUUUAAAAAAAAAAAAAAAAACCAACAAAACCAACCAACAAAUUGCAUCUGACUGAGACUCCAGCUUUUCAGUCAGCUGACAGCCUGCCUGGCUUUUGAGCACCCUCUGGAAGUUUGCCAAUGUCAAUUAAAAAAAAAAUAAAAAAAAAA